AUGCUUAUGCUCUGUGGUCCGGAGCCGCCAAUAUGUCGGGUUUGUGGAGAUCGAGCGUCAGGCCGCCACUACGGAGUGCUCUCCUGUGACGGAUGUCGUGGAUUCUUCAAACGUUCCAUCCGUCGAAACCUCCGUUACACUUGCAAAGAGACUAAACGUUGUGUCAUUGACGUAAUCCGUCGGAAUCAGUGUCAAGCGUGUCGAUUUCAAAAGUGUCUGGCGGUUUCCAUGAAUCGGCACGCCGUCCAACAUGAACGUCUCAUCCCGCCAGAAACUCCUACACCAACUCGUCCUUCUCCCCUGAAACCCAAAAAACUGAAAGUGCUAACCCCCAUCGACCAACCACAAGACCCUAUCACCUGUCUAUCUACAGUAAUCCAUUGGUGGUCAUCCCUACCGCCAGCCAACACUUUCCCCGCUUCUGAUCGGAGGACUGCACCAACGAAAAGCUGCGAUCCACCUAUAAAACAAUAA